AUGAAUCCAUUUUACAGGGCAAGUGAGCCCAAUGAAGAUAGUAAACAACCCAGGAAAAGACCGUCAUUUUUCAAUAAGAUACUAACGGGUAAGUCCAGGUCGGCAUCCCCAUCAGCAUCUCCACCGCCGGUGGUUCCAGAGCCCCAAAGUUCAAGUGAACAAUAUGGCGAUGAAAAUACAGAUGAGAGACCUAUAAAACUACAUGGGUAUAAGCCCAACACCAAGCGUCGGUUAAUGGAUGAAGAAUUGGCAAAUAAUAUUCGAAAUUUAAUGCCCCCAAGAUUACAACUUUAUGAUGAUUGGGAUUUAGUAUAUGAUUUUGAGCAAGAUGGUAUAAGUUUGAAUACUCUCUACCGGAAUUCGAAUCCAGAAUACCAAUUACAAAAACAGAAGAAUGAAAAACAAUCAAAAGGUUAUGGAGAUGGAGUUGUUAAAUCAAUGAUUGUGGGUGAUAUCCAAUCGUCCACCACUACGUCAUUUUACGGUCUUGAGCGUAAAAGACCCCAAGGGUAUGUUAUGGUGAUACAGGACGAGAAAAGAAAUAAGUUUGGCUGCUAUUUGAAUACAAAUUUAAGAGCCGUCGAUAAUAAACGUUAUUAUGGUAACGGAGAAUGUUUUCUUUGGAAACUAGAAAAAUAUGAUGCUUCCAAAUUGAAUCACGAGAAGGAUUCAAAAAAGGUGCCCAAACAUAAACCAAGGUACGAAUCAAGGUUUAAAGCCUUUAUGUAUACGGGAAUGAAUGAUAAUAUAAUAUUCUCAAAUCACGAUUUCAUUGCAAUCGGAUCAUCCAAUGGCCAAAACGGGUUAUGGAUCGAUAAGUCUCUCUAUAAAGGAGUCAGUUAUCCAUGUACUACUUUUGGGAAUGAGAUUUUGAACUUGCACAAUUCUGACUCCUCAACUAAAUUAGGAACGUUCAAGGUGAUCGACUUGGAAGUUUGGAGAGUUGGUGCUUUAGAAUAG